UUUUCCGGCGGAAGUCCAUGCCGACAUGAUUCAGGAAAAUUGAAAGCAUUUUCGUUAAUAGGUGUUUGAGAAAUAUAAGCUUAUCUUAAUCAUCUUUAGUCAAAUCAAGACAGACAGAAUGCCUGUUACGGAACCAAGCAAACAAAUAAGUAAAGUGGUCGUUCAUCCACUUGUCCUAUUGAGCGUCGUGGACCAUUUUAAUCGUAUGGGCAAAGUCGGCAACGUCAAACGCGUUGUCGGUGUCUUGCUUGGAGCCAACAGACAAGGAAUUCUUGACAUAUCAAACAGCUUUGCAGUUCCAUUUGAUGAAGAUGACAAGGACAGGAAUGUGUGGUUCCUUGACCAUGACUACUUGGAGAAUAUGUAUGGAAUGUUCAAGAAAGUCAAUGCCCGUGAGAAGAUUGUGGGAUGGUAUCAUACUGGCCCCAAACUUCACCCCAAUGAUGUGGCAAUCAAUGAACUUGUGAGAAGAUACAACCCCAACUCAGUGUUGGUGGUAAUUGAUGCAAAGCCAAAGGACUUGGGACUGCCUACUGAAGCUUAUGUGUCAGUGGAAGAAGUGCAUGAUGAUGGAACCCCCACCUCAAAAACAUUCGAUCAUGUACCCAGUGAAAUUGGUGCAGAAGAGGCAGAGGAAGUGGGAGUUGAACAUUUGCUCAGGGACAUUAAGGACACAACUGUGGGCACACUGUCUCAAAGGAUCACCAGUCAGUUGAUGGGACUGAAGGGCCUCCAUUCACACAUCAAUGAUAUAAGCUCAUAUCUGGAAAAGGUGACAUCUGGGCAACUCCCCAUUAACCAUCAAAUCAUUUACCAGCUUCAAGAUAUCUUCAACCUUCUUCCUGAUGUGAACCUGCAAGAAUUUGUCAAAUCCAUGUAUGUUAAGACCAAUGAUCAGAUGUUGGUUGUCUACUUGGCAUCUUUGAUACGUUCCAUUAUUGCACUCCACAAUCUCAUCAAUAACAAGAUCCAGAACCGUGAUGCAGAGAAGAAUGAAGGAAAGGACCCCAAGGAGAAGAAAGAGAAGAAGGAGGAUAAAGAUAAGGAAGAUAAAGAUAAGACGAAAGAUGCUGACAAAAAAGACUCAAGUGCAAAGGGCACUAAAAAGUGAUAGAUAUUAGUUGUAGGUGUACUUUUUUCCAAGGUUUCAUGUCAUUGAAAAGGGUUUGCAAGAUGGAACAACUGUACCAAAGUGCUGCAUCUAUAUUUCAGUGCUGCUGUUCUUGAGGUGGUGAGCAGUUGCUGCUUUUGUAAAUGAAUGGAAAAACAGAUUGCUGAUGUUAAAUGCAUAUUCCAAAACAUAUGAUGUUGAGAUGGUUGUACAAAACAUGCUUUGUGAAUAUAUCACCAACCAUUAACAAAUUAUCUCAGUUUCUAGCAACUGUCUACAAUGAUAACUAUUUUCCAUCUUGUUUGGUUGCAAAUUAACAACCAAAUUUACUUUGAAAGUCAAGACAAGUGACAUUAAACAAGUUUUGUUACAAAAGUGUCUUUUUUUCAUAUUGUAUGACAGAUUGAAACUGUUUUAAAGUUUGGAGGUGAUGUUGGUUUGUUGUUUGAACUCCUUACUUUGAUGCGGUUUGUAUAAUGAAGUCUUCACAUGACAAUUAGUUGAAUGCCAUCAGGAGCAGUACAUUCAGGAUAUAAUGGCAUGCAAUCACCCAAGGCACCAAUAUGUUUAGUUGCCCCUUACCAGCAACAGUUGCUAGGGACGAUAUACUUAAAUUUAAUCCCCAUGGGUUUGGAACUAAAGAGAUCACAUAAGUAUGCUAUCUUUGGCAAUAGAUGGGUGUUGCCUGUAACUAAAUGUCCCAGCUUGCAUUUCUGAAAAAGAAUCAUAGAAACAGAAAAAUAGAAAGUGAUGAAAUGGCUUGAUAUCAACAUGAUCCCAUCUAAUGUCUGCUGAUAAUGAUGUUCUGUGGUGCAGUCGUGAAUACAUGCAAAAUUGCUGAUGCGGCGUUACGCAAUGCUCACUCAACCCAUAGUGGAGCUAUGGAACCAUGUAUUUUAUUUAUGAUCCAACUUUGAAAAACAACAUUGGUUGAACUAGCCUAUAAAUGUCAGGUACCACAGUAAUAGUUACUGUUUUAUUUGUUAUUUAAUGCCAAACUCUUUAAUGUUUCCACAAGACCGUCAGUCAAUAAGAAAGAAAGUAUAUGAAGCAUGAUUGAUGUUGAUUAAAAGUUCAACAGAGA